AUGGCUUCCAGCCGCUUCCCCGCAGCCACAGACCAGUGGGAGAAGACGCGCGAGAGACGUUCGGUGGCCCGGGGCUGGAGCAAGAGGGAAGGAAAGCUUCGACGGGACUUCGACAAGCGGGGCUCCUAUCUCGGCAACCGGAUCUACGAGCUGACAUCGCAGAUCGGUAGCAACGAGCAGCACAUUCGGCGUAUUGAGGAUGCUAUGGCGGAGCAAGACCUCGCGAGUCUUCUCGCCCCUCUCCCCCCCUCGCCCAUCGAAGGAAAUGCAGAGGUGGACGCACGGGCGUGUACCGAUGGCGAGGACAACCAGUACAAGGAGGAAGUGUCCGCCACCCAAGCAAACCGCUUGUGGUAUCAAGGGCACUCGGCGUUGACGGUGUUGAAGGAGGAGCGGAAGCGCGACCUGCGGCAACUGCAACUCACGCAGCAGGCGAAGAGCUUGUCCGAUGAGUCGUACACGACGAUCCCAGCGGUGAAGGCAGCAGAGGCCAAACGGUUUGAGCUGUUGAACGAGGCCUCGCGUCUUCGACACGAGUCGUCGCUCUUGCGGAUCGCGGCGAGAGUAAACUCCGCUGGCUCACGGGUUUACGCGGCAUCGACAAUCCUGGGGUGGCUCAGGGACUUUCGGGGGCACGGUGGUUUCAAGCGAGAUUCAAGGGGGGUGCACGAGAGGGACUGGAUCAUGUCGGAAGAGGACCUCAAGGAUGAGCUCAUCAAGAUUCGGAAAAACCGCGCGGGAAUCCGGGACUUUCGGGGGCACGGUGGUUUCAAGCGAGAUUCAAGGGGGGUGCACGAGAGGGACUGGAUCAUGUCGGAAGAGGACCUCAAGGAUGAGCUCAUCAAGAUUCGGAAAAACCGCGCGGGAAUCCGGUCCAACCGUGAAAUACGCGUGGCUUGUAGCCAGUAGAAGUGGAGGAUAGGGGCCAGAGGGGCAGACGGCAGAGUCCAAUGAUGGGAGAAAAACAACAACAAAACAACACCCUACCGGCAUCUCCCACAUGCACUCGAGUACACAUGGUCGCAUCCACACGCCACUCCCUUGCUCACACACACCUUUGGUAUAUAGCAGCAGACCAACAUACAUCAGAGCUCUCAUCGGUGACUGCUGUACGAGCUGGGCGUGAACUGGGGGGCUCGAUCGAGAGAGGCAGACGCAUGGUCUUCACCCCGCACUGCUGCUGCUGUGAACUGAACAUGGGUAUCCACAUGGGAUAGCUUUAGUAAU